UCCAUGAUGAGUUAAUAUCCUCGGGGCGAGUCACGGGACGCCAAGGAAAGUCAUACAAGGGAACAUUUAAUCCAGCAGCACACAGGAUUGGAUGGAGUAAACCGUGCUGGGCAGAGGAAAAACAGUCAAACCUGUUGACUGGGCUUGUACUGCCCAACGAAGAGGAGCUGUCCUUUACUAUUGGUGCUGAAACAUUCAGCAAACUGGGACGACUGAGACGGGGCUCUACAAAUAAGUUGCUUUUGUGUGUCUACGUGUUGAAUUUAACAUUAGUUUUUCGAUUAGGCUAAUUUGAUCCAUAUCGUGGGAUUUCCGUUAACACAUCUCACUUCUUCAGUACGGCCGGGCAGCCAAUUUGUACUUCUUGAGCACAGUAUUACUAAAGGGGACCGAGAGAACCGCAAAAAAUGGCUUUCAUGGUAAAACACGUGGUAGGGGGACAACUGAAGAACCUGACCGGGGGUUUGGGAGAGGAAAAACCCGAAGCAGAAAAGUCUGAAGCCGCGGCACAAGGAAUGACCCAGGAAGAGUUUGAGCAAUACCAGCAGCAGUUAGUGGAAGAAAAGAUGGAACGUGAUGCCAGUUUUGCUCAGAAAAAAGCAGAACGUGCAACAAUCAGAACACACUUCCGUGAGAAGUACAGGCUACCAAAAAAUGAGCUGGAUGAGACCCAGAUCCAGCAGGCAGGCGAUGAUAUUGAGCUGCCCACAGAGCUGGCCAAGAUGAUCGCUGAGGACAACCAGGAAGAGGAGAAGAAGCAGUCCAUCAUCGGGCAACUGACCAACAUCCAAAACGUGGAUCUGGAUCAGCUGAAGGACAAGGCCCAAUCCACACUGGAGGACCUUAAGCAGUCUGCAGAGAAGUGCACUCUCAUGUGAUUCGAUCACUCCAGGACAAUCAUACCAUAGACUAUCACACACACACAUUCAGUUGUGUACUCAUAAACAGCUUCUGUUUAGAUUCCACAUGAAGAUGAUAAUUAAUAAAUGCAUAUUUACAAAACCAAUAUAUUCCCCCUACUCAUAUAUAUAUAUAUAUAUAUAUAUAUACACACACACACACACACAUGCACAGAUUUUGUUGAGGGGGGAUUUAUUGACAGAUAUGCACUUAGCCAUUUCCCAGUUAAGAUAAAUUAGUAUGUACACUACUGAGCAUUGAUAUUUACGCAUGAACUGGUAGAAUAAGGCUAACUCAGAUCAUCUGGGCACACAGGAAGGGCUUACUACUGAGUCUGAAGGGGUCUAUUACCAUAAGACUAAGUAUCAGUAUCCUCCUAAAGAAAUUAUUGUGAGCCUAGUUAUAAACAUUAAUGGAAUAAUUUGCAACAUAAACUCAUGAUUGAAACUGACAAAUUGAUAAAUAAAUGUAUCUUAAAAGGAAAACUCAUUUCAAAAAUUACUCAUAAUAUAAAUUUUUUAGUCAUGUAAAAUAAAUGAAGAGCUAGCUUAUGCACUGUUGUUGUUGACCCCCCAGGUCUUUAUUCAAUAUCUGGUUGUAGUUUGUAUUUUUAUCCAUGUCUCCAUUGCAGUCCACAGACUACUGACUGCUCCCAUGAUUCUCUGUGGCUCACAGACACCUGACACUCAUAAAUCCCUCCUUUUCAGUGCUACCAUUUUGUGCUGUCACUUUGGUAUUACUUAGCUGUAAUGAAGUUGUCAUGUGUUGAUUUUAAGAGUUUAUUCUUCUGGCUGAGAUUGUUUCUCAUAUUGCUUAAAAUGUGUAAGCACACUUAAAGCGUUGUUGUUUAUCCAUAUCAUUGUAGCUUGUUCAUACAGAGUUCAGUAAAAACAGCGAUUUUGGAUGCAACAGAAGGACACAUAUGUUACAGCCGUCAAGGUAACCGUCUGUAAAUUUGUAAAUACUGUUGUUUGUGUAUUCAUUCUCUGACAGAAGCAGGACUGCGGCUUACAAAAAAAUUUCUCUUUUCCAAUCAUGAUUUCCCAGAGGAAAGUAGCUCUUUUAUCAUUUUGUUCAUUGUUGUGCGGGUAUCCUUUUGUGAUUUUGGCGACACCAAAUAUUUGAUGGACUGAUUAAAAAGCAUUAAAUGAGUUUGAAAAUAUU